GUAUAGUUAGCUUUGUUCCAUCGAACUGUUAUAAACUUGGAUCCACUCCGACGUGUUCCUGCCGUGCCCAUAAUCCUUCGCCUCGUUUAUCGUUGAAGCACGGCGAUUUUGCUGCUUCUCUCUGGAUAAUUCGCGGAGAUCGAUAGAAGUAGAGGGAACCACGGCGAUUUCGUCAUAGAAACUCGUUUGAUUGAUUUGGAGAUUGAGAACAUGGCUAGCGAGAAUCCAACUGAGAUGAAAGAGGAGGUUCCAGAGUUGGUUCCCUUUGAUCCAACCAAGAAAAAGAAAAAGAAGAAGGUAGUAAUUCAAGAUCCUUCUGAGGAGGUAGAAAAGCUAGCAGAGAAAACAGAAAGCUUAACAGUUGAUGAGAUAGGUGAACCUAGUUUUGCGGGGACGAAGAAGAAGAAGAAGAAACCUGUUGAAACAAAUUUUCUGAACGAAGAUAAUGGAGAUGCUGGAGAAGAUCCCAAUGGCGAUCAAGUUGGAGAGGACGAGCAAGGUGAAGGUAUCGUCUUAGGCUUUGCUCGAUACCCAUGGGAAGGAACUGAUCGUGAUUAUCAGUAUGAAGAGUUGCUAGGUAGGGUAUUUAAUAUACUUCGGGAGAAUAAUCCAGAUCUCGCUGGAGAUAGGCGUCGGACAGUGAUGAGGCCUCCACAAGUUCUCAGAGAAGGAACCAAGAAGACAGUGUUUGUUAAUUUCAUGGACCUUUGCAAAACGAUGCAUAGGCAACCAGAGCAUGUGAUGAAUUUCUUGCUUGCUGAAAUGGGAACUAGUGGUUCCCUUGAUGGACAGCAGAGGUUGGUGAUUAAAGGAAGAUUCGCUCCAAAGAAUUUUGAGGGUAUCCUAAGAAGAUACAUCAAUGAAUAUGUUAUUUGCAAUGGUUGUAAAAGUCCAGACACAAUUCUCUCCAAGGAAAAUCGUCUAUUCUUUCUUCGAUGUGAGCAGUGCGGUUCUUCACGAUCAGUGGCACCAAUUAAAGCUGGUUUCGUGGCUCGGGUUGGCCGCCGUAAAGCCGGCACAUGAUCAGAAUAUUCUCCAAGUCAAACAAUGCUACUCUUCAGCCAUUUCAAGAGAGGCUCUCUUCUUUUGCUGUUCAGUUGUCUGAACCCUCACCCUGUGCUUUUCUUUCAUGCACUCCAAUUGCAACACUUUUUUAAAACAGUUUUCUGUCAUGGGAACCUUUUUGUUGAGGAAUGCUGUUUCUCCAUUUCGACUUCAAAUUAUGUUUGUCUUCUUUGA